UUUAGUCUUUAUACGUAUAUGUUUUUAUGUUUUUUUUUUUUUUGUCUGAGAUGUAAAACUUCUCUUGCAAGAAGCACCUUUUCUGUUCCACUUAAGAUGUUACCGAGCUCCAGCUUCCUUCGCCAGGAAGCUUCUGUUCACUCCUACUCCCUCAAAUCGAUCAUUUCCACUCGAAUCAAACCCCAAACCACAAUUCCCACGUCGAUCAGUUCAAUUCGAAUGCUAUGGACCAUGACUCCGCAACCUCACUCCCACCCGGCGUCCGAUUCCAACCGAACGAAGAUGAACUCUUCUACUACCUCAAGCACAAGGUCUCCGGCAAGCCUCUCGAUUGCGAUCCGAUCGCCGUCGUUGAUGUCUACAAGUCCGAGCCCUGGGACCUCCAAAGCAAGUCGAGGUUGAAGACGAGGGACCGAGAGUGGUAUUUCUACAGUGCACUGGGCAGAAAAUUUGGGAACGGUUCGAGGAUCAAGCGGACCACAGAGAAGGGUUACUGGAAGACCACAGGGAAGGACCGCGUGGUCCGCCGCAACUCGCGCGCUGUGGGAAUGAUGAAAAAAAUCCUCGUUUUUCACACUGGCCGAGCUCCCCAUGGGGUUCGUACCAAUUGGGUCAUGCAUGAGUACCGCCUCGAUGACAAGGAAUUAGAGAAAGCUGGAAUUGCUGAAGCUGCGCUUGUACUGUGUAAGAUUAUUCUGAAUGGGAAAGCGUCUUUCGGUGAAGAGGGCGGGGAACAUGAUGAUAUGGGAGUUGUUGGGCCUGGUGAAGAGUCCGCCACUGAGGAAGUAGUGGUCCAUGACUGUGAAUAUGUGAAAGCAAAGGAUGAGGAUAAGAGCAAAUAUAUUGAGUAUUCUGGGGAGUUCAUUGGAUAUGAUCAACAGACUAUCAUAGGCACUGGUGAAACUUCAGAGCUUCAUCAUGACCAGAAAUUUGUUGAUAUCCCAGAGCAAUAUGGGAUGGAUGCAAACCCAUUCAGCCUUAAUUUAGAUAUUGACCUUCCGGAUAUGGAUUUUAAUUCCUUCGAAGGUUUUUAUCCCUCUGAAUUUUUAGGGACUGAAAACACUAGUUCUCGCCAAACACCCGCCACCCAUAAGAAUGAAAUUGGAGAAGCUGACCAAGUGUCGAAAGAAAGUCUACAUCUAUCAAAGUUACAGGGAAGAAAUGAUGCUUGCUCUUCAAAGCAUAACCCAAAGGCCUUAAUGGAUGAAUCAGGAAGUUUAUGUUCUCUCCUAUUCCCUCAAAUAGAUCAUUUUUACUCUAAUCGAAACCCAGACCACAAUUCCGACAUUGAUCAGUGCAAUUCGAAUGCUAUGGACCAUGACUUGGCAACCUUACUCCCACCCGGCUACCGAUUCCAACCGAACGAAGAUGAACUCUUCUACUACCUCAAGCACAAGGUCUCUGGCAAGCCUCUCGAUCGUGAACCGAUCGCCGUCGUUGAUGUCUACAAGUCCGAGCCCUGGGACCUCCGAAGCAAGUCGAGGUUGAAGACGAGCGACCGAGAGUGGUAUUUCUUCAGUGCACUGGGCAGAAAAUAUGGUAACGGUUUGAGGAUCAAUCGGACCACAGAGAAGGGUUACUGGAAGACCACAGGGAAGGACCGCGUGGUCCGCCGCAACUCGCGCACUGUGGGAAUGAUGAAAAAAAUCCUUGUUUUUCACACUGGCCGAGCUCCCCAUGGGGUUCAUACCAAUUGGGUCAUGCAUGAGUACCGCCUCGAUGACAAGGAAUUAGAGAAAGCUGGAAUUGCCGAAGCUGCGCUUGUACUGUGUAAGAUUAUUCUGAAUGGGAAAGCGUCUUUCGGUGAAGAGGGCGGGGAACAUGAUGAUAUGGGAGUUGUUGUGCCUGGUGAAGAGGCCGCCACUGAGGAAGUGGUGGUCCAUGAUUGUGAAUAUGUGAAAGCAAAGGAUGAGGAUAAGAGCAACUAUAUUGAGUAUUCUGGGGAUUUCAUUGGAGAUUUUCAACAGCCUACCAUAGGCACUGGUGAAACUUCAGAGCUGCAUCAUGACCAGAAAUUUGUUGAUAUCCCAGAGCAAUAUGGGAUGGAUGCAAACCCAUAUAGAGAUGAGUUAUUUAUUGAAGCUAAUGAUUUUUCAAACCCCACGGAUGUGGAUCCUGAAGAUUUUGGCAUGGCUGAUGGGUGCCUUAAUUUAGAUAAUGACCAUUCGGAUAUGGAUUUUGAUUCCUUCAAAGAUUUUUAUCCCUUUGAAUUUUUUGGGACUGAAAGCACUAGUUUUCAACAGCCUAUCAUAGGCACCGGUGAAACUUCAGAGCUGCAUCAUGACCAGAAAUUUGUUGAUAUCCCACAGCAAUAUGGGAUGGAUGCAAACCCAUAUAGAGAUGAGUUAUUUAUUGAAGCUAAUGAUUUUUCAAACCCCACGGAUGUGGAUCCUGAAGAUUUUGCCAUGGCUGAUGGGUUCCUUAAUUUAGAUAAUGACCUUCCGGAUAUGGAUUUUGAUUCCUUCAAAGAUUUUUAUCCCUCUGAAUUUUUUGGGACUGAAAGCACUAGUUCUCACCAAACACCCGCCACCCAUAAGAAUGAAAUUGGAGAAGCUGACCAAGUGUCGAAAGAAAGUCUACGUCUAUCAAAGUUACAGGGAAGCAAUGAUGCUUGCUCUUCAAAGCAUAACCCAAAGGCCUUAAUGGAUGAAUCAGACGUCACUUGGUCGGGUAACUUCUCUGAGUUGGAAAAUGCUUGUUCAAACACUUGAAACUCAAUGUGGUGACUGGCAUGAAUUUGCAUAGCAACUGUGGUUCUCAAAUGUUGAUGGCUUAAUCGUUCAUUGCAAGUUGCCUCACUUCUCUCUGCAAAAAUCUUUUAGCAUGCCUGAUUAUGAUGAUAUCUAUGUACUACUAGACUCUGCUAGUUUGAUUGUCUACCUAUAUAUGGUGUUAUGUUUCCAUUUUCUUUGGGAGAAGCUGCUUUAGGUGGUUGUAGUACUGGCUGUGUUGCCAUUUUAGUCCUUUCCUUAAAAGGGCUGUGUUGCUUUUGUUGUAUAACUUCGGAUGAGCCUCUGCUUUGAAACUUUUUUGGUUCUUAGUAUUUACCCAAAAUAAAAAAGAAAACUUUUGUUGAUGUGCGUAUA